AUGUCUGCUACAAUCACUGCUACUCUUUCUACUGCUACUGGCCAUCGUCUGGGUGGUGGUGCCAGCGAAUACAAGCCUGAUAUGAAAUAUAAAGAUUUCAACGACUACAAGUUUGCUCCUAUUCGUGAAUCUCAAGUCAGUCGCGAAAUGGUUACACGUUACAUGAAUGAUAUGCUUUACUAUGCCGAGUCAGACGUUGUUAUUGUGGGCUGUGGAAGUGCCAAUCUCUCGUGUGCCUGGGAGCUUUCCAAGGACCCUAGCUUGAAGAUUGCUAUCAUUGAGCAAAGUGUAUCUCCUGGUGGCGGAUGCUGGUUGGGAGGUCAACUCUUUUCUGCCAUGGUGGUUCGUAAACCUGCCCAAAAGUUUCUUGAUGAACUUGAUGUACCUUAUGAUGAAAAGGACACCUAUGUUGUAGUCAAGCACGCUGCUCUGUUUACUUCUACUAUUUUGUCCAAGCUUUUGAUGCGUCCCAAUGUCAAGCUCUUUAAUGCUACUGCUGCUGAGGACCUCAUUGUCAAAAAUGGCAAGGUUGCUGGUGUGGUUACCAACUGGACUUUGGUUUCUUUGAACCAUAAUACUCAAUCUUGUAUGGAUCCAAACAUCGUUGAAGCCAAAGUCGUUGUCUCUGGUACUGGUCAUGAUGGACCCAUGGGUGCUAGUGGUGUUAAGCGAUUAGAGGCUAUUGGCUUAAUCGAAGAAAAGAAGGGGAUGCUUUCGCUUGACAUGAAUGCUGCUGAAGAUGAUAUCGUUAGAUAUACUCGUGAGGUUGUUCCUGGCAUGGUUGUUACUGGAAUGGAGCUUGCUGAACUUGAUGGUGCUCCUAGAAUGGGCCCUACCUUUGGUGCCAUGUUGAUUUCUGGUCAAAAGGCUGCUUAUGCUGUUCGCGCUUCUCUGAAAAGACAAGCCGAAGAGGAAGAAGCUGCUUUUCAAGCUUAG